GGAGGAUAUAGACAGGUGUAUGCACACCUGGAAUUAGUUAUUGUUACAAAUAAAUGUAUUCUCCCCUUACUAUAUUCAUAGCCUCGACACUGGCAAGUACGACACCACACACUUCUCUGCUGCAUAUAUCCGAGAUGGAAACUCGUUCCAGAAGAUGGCUCAGGCUCGCUGUUGCAGUUAAGGUCAUCUUUGUUGUGUUUAUCGUCUUGACUAUUUACGGCAUCAGCAACAAUAAAAGUCCACUCAAAAUAUUAAGCAUCUACAGUAGAGAAGACAGAGCAAGUGUGGCCCAGCAGCGAACAUUGACUGAGAAGACGUUCCAAGGUCUCGACCAGGAUGAUCCAGCACUGGUCACUUACAUCACACAUCUUAUUAAUUCACCCACAAACAAACCUUAUAAUCUCACCGAGCCUCAAAAAAUACAUUACUCCCAGUUCGGUCAAUCUUCUUACGCCGAUACAGACAUUUUAAAUGGCAUGAAGGAUGGAUUCUUCGUGGAGGUUGGCGCCGUUGACGGGGAAUACUUAAGUAACUCGUUGUACUUCGAGAGAAAUCGGGGCUGGACGGGCCUUCUGAUAGAACCUUUUCCAGAAACCUACAAACAACUUUUAAGUAAACAAAGAAAGGCCUACUCAAUAAACGCAGCACUUGCCUUGAACAACGUUUCCUCUGAUGUUAUCUUUACACCGAGUGGGCCUAAAGGAGUUUUAGGGCAAAUUGGUAACUCCACUUCAGCUAUAAAAGUGAAAGCUUUCCCACUGUACUCCAUUCUUCUGGCACUUAAUGUGACAGUAGUCGACUUUUUCUCCCUCGACAUUGAAGGUGUCGAGAUGAAGGUAUUAAAAACAGUUCCUUGGGAGAAGAUCACAUUCCGUCUCAUGUGUGUGGAGAUCAACCAUGUUCCAGAAGGUCCAAAGGUUCUUAUAGAAUAUAUGAAGAGUCAGGGUUACAAGUUCCUUGGUAUCAAAGGUAUUGACGCCUGGUUCGGCUGGCCAAAACUCUUAAAACAAACCAUGAAGAAAAUCUAAACCGUCUUUGUGUUUUAAUUCUGUUACAUUCACCAUUUUGUUUUCAAGUGCUAAGGUGCUUUAUUUUAUUUAGGUGACGUGAAAUUUUCUUUGGAUUCCUGACUGUGAGGGAAAGGUAUUUAAUUCUGAAUUUUAUAGUUUACAAUAUUAUCAUU